UAACUUCUCUCUGGUUGUUGUUGACAAACAUACUCAUACAUGUUAUUAUUAUAAACGCACGAGCAUAACAGGGAUUGAUUUUUGUGAUAUAGACAGUGAUUGUAAUAAUAUUUAUAGUGAUGCCAUCCAAUUCAAUUUUCCUGGAAGUUGAUUCAUCCAUAAAAGAAAAUCAAUUAAAAUUAGUCGAUAAUGAAAGCAAUGAAAAUUUCCAGAAGCUGUUUUCAGAAAAUGAUCCUGAAUUUCCAUCGAAAUAUAUUCAACCAUACCCAGGUUUCUGUAUUAAGACCAAAGAUACUUUGGGGGAUAAAUUUUUCCUCAAUAUCUGUCAUAGUGAUGCCAUCCCUAUUCCUCCGACGGAUAUAACGAAUUUGAGAGCUGAGGAUGUUCUAGAAAAGGAUAUCACAGAAUUUCGUGUACCCAUGAGCAUAGGAGCACUACAUCACGAAAAAGACACAAAGGGAAUAGAAUGUAGAGCUUGCGAUGUUGUGAUAAAUUCCAUAUUCUUCAAAAAAAUCCAAUAUGAUACAGAUUGGAAAAACUUCAUAUUGACCAUCGUUUUUGAAGCACUCAAAGAAAAAUAUCAGAUUGAUUGUUUGGAGCAAGAUAAAAUAAUCUUGUCAAACAGAAAGCACCUGGGAACUAUUCAAAAACAUAAAAUUCAAGAUCGUGAAAUGGCCAAUAAAAUGGGACUCAGCUAUGAAAACCUGAAUAAACUAAAAGAAAAUGGUCCCAAAAUAGAAAUGAUGUCAUCUUCAACUUACGAAGCUAAAGUGCCAACAUAUCGGUUGUACAAGAAAAAGUGUAAACAAAGUUGCCUUAUUGGAGAAUUCAUGUUUCCGGAUGUGAUCUCUGCUGAUGAGCUGAAGUUAGAUUUGGGAGAGGACAGAAUAAUUAUUGAAUGUGAGCAGAAGAAUUAUUUAUUAGAUAUAUUUGUUCCAGUCAUUUUAAGGCCUAAUACUUCCUGUUCGGUUUUUGAUAAAGCUACUAAGGUUCUUACUGUAACCAUGCCACUGGUUGGAGGAUGAAAGUAUUUUAUUUUAAAUCAAUUUUAAUUUAUUAUGUAGUAAUUUAGCCAUGAUAUAAUUGAUGAAAAUAUGUUGAAUUUUAAAUUUGAGUUUAUAGAUAAAAACUCCUUCGUAUUGACUGGAUUCAAUUUGUCAAAGGAAAUUUUUUUUUCACGAGUUUCUUUUUAAUUCAAUUUUUAUAAUCUGUUUGUAUUACAGUGGGUAAAUUCAAUUGCAAUAUUACACAAUUUUCAUCGGUAGUCUAUAUUGUUCUCAAUAAAUGAACUAAGAAAUAUAUUUUAUACUGAUUGAUUAUGUUUAAAUAAAACACUGAAAAACGAA